UGCAGGUUAUUUUUGCGGUUCGACCAAUCAGGCUGAAUGUGUUGUAUAAGGUAAAAUGAAAGGGAUGUCUCCGCUAUAAAAGACGAAGCACUGUACCAACAAGUAUCUUUGUACGCUCAUCAGUGAACAAUCACAUUAGAUAAGAUUUAGAAGAAAGUAUGAUGUUUUAUGGAGCAACUUGGUUGGGAGUGCUGGCUAUUCUGUGUCUGAGCAAGGUCAGCAAAGUGGAUUCUGGAGAAACUGAAAGAUCUAAGCGAGCUAUUGCCAAAUACCCAUUCAAGAAAUGGGGUGCUAAAAACACGAUCCGUGUCAAACCAAAGACAGAAGAUGAUACAACCAAGGCGAAAGCGUUUAACACUGCAGUAAAGAAGGCAAUCGAGACCUAUGGAAUGGAAAAGUGCCUUAUAAAUAAGUUUGAGUUAUAUACCUGGGUUAUUAGGACCGCCCGACACUUCUUGGUCAAGACGAAUCGGAGUCACCCAAAAGGCAUCGCUGUCGUAAAUAAAGAUUCUGCAGUAAUCGACGUCCUCAUUGGAGAUGACACUACCGCUACUGCCGUAAAUGCAAUGCAUGUUUUGAACUUGACCGUGACCGCAUUUGGCCUUCUGUACGAAGACAGGAGCCCGGACCGGAACCACUACAUCAAAGCCGCUAGCGGUCGGUUCGAAGAUGCUGAAUACCCGUCGGCCGACAUACAGCAUGUUGAUCAGGUGCCCUACGACGUCUCGUCAUUCCUCCACAAGAAUAAGUUUGGUUUGUAUCAGAACAAAACUGGUACCAAGGUGAAGUUGCAGCCACUCUUCCCGAUGCUACAACAUGAAAAGUACGACAACCUCGGUAUGGGAGCCAGGUUGGCAAGGGAAGGGAAUUACCUAAGUUUCAGAGAUGUCAAGACGCUGAGCAGUCACUUCGAGUGCGAGAAUGUUGACAGUCUGUGUGCACUUACUGACUGUGACAACGGUGGCUACGUUGACGCCAGUUGUGAGUGUAUAUGCCCGCGAGGCCUUAACGGAACAACGUGUCAAAUGGUUGCUAAGAAGAACCUUCUGCCAUCCACCUGUGGAAACGUAACAAAAGCAACACAGACCCUAAAGACUGUGCUAGCCCCACAUUUCCCUGACGAUUACACAACUGGGGAGAACUGCUUCUGGCUGAUUAAGUCCACGAAUACCAAGAGGAGGGUCAUGUUCAACUUGGAGCUAUUCAACUCAUCAUGCGACACAUCAAAACUGACCAUCUACAUGUACGGACCAGAGGUGGACCUCCACCCGCUCAGUUGUAAUGAACUUCUUAAGAAGACCUUCGUUGACAAGUGGUUCAGUUCCCAGCUCUCCUACAUGGCAGUGGCGUGGAAGACAGAAGACAAAGUGCAGACAGGUCGCAACGGCUUCAAGUUCUCGUUUGUUGAAGGAUGCGUAGACGACGAAGGGAAAGUCGGUUUCUGUCUACCGGAUACAAAGAACUGGGACGCCACCAAGCCUAUCCACUGUUACAACUGCAACUCUAGUGUCAAUCCGCUGUGUGCUCUGGGCUCGACACUUAACCCUCUUGAUACCAUCAAAUGUGAAGCAGGCAGCUCGUGCUAUACACAAGUUACGAAGCAGGGAGACGCGUUAACAAUUAGCAAGUCAUGUGCCCUACCGACCGAGCCAUGCGUAAAUAACGAGGAAGCUUGCAGGAACAACAAACAGUGUACCAUCUGCUGCAAGACACCUCUCUGUAACAAGGAAGGCGCUGCAAAGAAAGGGGAUGACCCAUUCACAGCUAUUAAGAAUAGGAUCCAGCUUACCCCAAUCACGACGCCCCUGCAGUGUGGAGUUCCUAAACUUGGGGCCCGUAUUGCUGUGGUUUUCGUAGCAGUUGUUUUGGUCGGGAUAGUAGGCCUGUGCUGGUAAGCGCACGCCAUAGUCAUGUAGUGUAUGGAAGUAAUCGGCGUCUCUGAUAAAUGUAGCUCAUGAGAUGAUCGUGACAGGUAAAGAUUUCACUUCUGUUGUUUUGUACGGCAAGGCCUCCGGUGAAAAUAUGCAUGAAGUCUUCAGCAAAUCUUUACUGGUGUAUAUGUUUCGAACUAUCAAGGUCAAGGAAAUGCUGACGGUGUAUUUAGCUCAUUGUAUGAAGGUCUCCUCGUUACCUGCUUUAUUUGGUUUUUUGUUCAACCUGUCGAAACAACCGGCCAUGAGAAGUAUCUUCUAUGAUACAUUAAACGACUGUACAAUGAACAUCAUACCAAUUUUUCUACCUCUUGCAGUCAAAGGCCACAUAAGAUUAACUCAUCCAGUUUUUAUUAUUAACAUGCUAUAUUCAACUUGAAAAAUUCUUAUGUAUUCGCGAUCGCGACACUUCGUCAUGUUCAUUCUCCAUACAAAUUCCCUUCUUUUUACUCAUCUGACUGAGCUCUUCUUUAACGAGUGGAUCGGAAAUGUAGCACCUUCAGCAAAUGAUUUCCUAACCAUGAUAUUUUGUAAAUAUCUAUCAUCAUUAGUGGAUAUAUAUUGAAUAAA